AUGUACGGUGUUCUUCCAUUCGCUCCGGCCGUCGAGAGCUACCGACCACCAAGAGCCACCAGCCAUCGCGAGCUAUCAAGAGCUACCGGCCAUCAAGGGUGGGACGACGACCGGACGGGUAACGGGCCACCGGCCAUCGGGGGGACUGUCGCAUCAACAGCGGGCCGGGCCGAACUUAACUAA